AUGGAGGUCCUGAAUAGGACGAGUCAUGGCUCCAACACCUCAACCAUUUUAUUGCCACCAUCCCAUGGGAAUUUUAGCUCCGUAGGUAACUCUUGGAUCAACGGAUGUCAUGCCUCCAUUCAAGGCGUUACAGUUGCUGAAAUUGAGGCGAAAUCUGAAAUUCAGACACCUUCGGCCGAUUGCCGUGAUCGAGACUCUAACAUUGACCCCAAGAGGCACAAGAGGAUUUUGGCAAGCAGACAAUAUUCACAGAAAUAUCGACUCAAACAGCUCCAGUAUAUUAUGCAACUAGAAACAGAAGUGAAAGCUCUGCAGGACGAAGUAGCGAUCAACUCCCUUAGGAUUGAAUAUAGUUCUCGCCAAAAUUUGCUUAUGAGGGCAGAAAACAAUUCAAUAAACCAAAAGCUUACGGCCUUUUCCAGUGAAAUUAUGUUCAAAGAAGAGGAAAAUGGUGCAGCCCAAUAUGAGGAAAUGAAGAGAGAAAGAGACUUGCUGAAGCAGUUGUUUGAUGCUCAAACCAAGCCCUGGGAAUCAUGA